AACAACCGUGGAAUUAUCAACUUAUCAAAUAAAAAUCUAAAACUGGUCACUUUUCUCUCUUUCUCGUGAAAAAGUUGUUUUGAUUUUAUUGAAACACUGACUCACUUCAUUGAAAUGGUGACGUGGUACUUUUCGUGAUUAAAGCACGCUACGUAAGACAAACCGUGAAUAAGAUUUAAGCAAGCUUGUUUAUAUAAAAGUGGCUAGAUUUCUUCAGACAAGGCGCACAGUGCCAAAGCGCGGAGUGCCAGAAUGACGACUUUCCCGAAACGAUUUAAAACCGUAGUACUUCGCAGUAAGCUUCUUGCGAACAGACAUGAGCCAGCCUUCGCGGAUCUCGUCAUCUAUCGCCAGAAUUUAAACAGAGUCAAGAAGAACGCGCGGGAUUAUCUUCGGAGCGUAACAGAAUCUGUCGAUGUAACGCCGGAUCUAUGACAUCCUCGCCUGGAUAUCCCGUAGAGUUUUUCCCGAAUUGAUACCUUUUCCGAUAAUCGAAUGGAAGCUUCGCGACACCCGAAGAGACAUUUUGGAAGUCAGACGCGGCGCGACGUUUCCGAGGGACUUCGAGUUGGAAGAAGAUUGUGCAAGAACUUUUAUGAACGUUCACGUUUAAGUGUGGAAGAAUUGCGAUAAAAACCAGUGCUCGACACAGGCGAGUCAAAACACACAAAUCGUCAAAAUUUGUGAUCGGUAAGUGAAGGAUAAGAAUUUUACCAUCAGGUUACAGCGAGAUUCGAUAUUAAAUUGUGAGGAAAGUCGCCAUUAUCAAGAAAUUGGGCGAAGAUAAAAUUAUUAAGAGAGGGCGAGAGAUCCGAGUGGUGAUCAGUGGCUUUAGGAAGGGAGGGACAGUGGUGGCUGUGGUAAGAAGGUUAAAAGAAUGGCGGAAGACUCUUUUCGCCGGAAAACCAGAUCGGCUUCGAUUUGUGCCCCAGGAUUUUCCAGCAUGGAGCAAAUGCUGGAGGCAAUGCCACCCUCGGGAGCUCGCGAGCGGGAAAGAGGGGAGCGGGACAGGGACAGCGGCAGCGGGACGCCGGAUAGCAGUACACCUACGAGAAAACGAAGACCGGCUACAAGAUCCCAAAGCGCCCGUGUUUCCGGCGGAAAUAAAAGCAUCCGACGCCGCGCCGCCGCUCAAGCCGCCGCUCAUCAUCAUCAUCAUGAGGGAAGCAGCAUGAAGUCUGCCCACUGCAGCAGUGAGCCUAGACUGACCGAGAAUGACGUCAGCCCGGGGAUCAGGAGACGAGGGAGCCGAAGGGGCCAGAGCAUGCACCAUACGCAUCAGAGGAAGAGCAACGCCUUCCUGGAUGUGCCUGACGUCUCGUCUCAGAUGCCACCGCGGGAGGAAGGCGAGGACGAGGAUAGUUACAGGCUUCGUAGCUUCAGUCUCACCAGCAAAGGUGUCGUCAAUAGAGGAGAUUCAUUUAGAAGAAGAAGAUCGAGAUCGAAUUCUUUGGCGCCUGCCGAUCAAGAAAACGAGGAACGACGACUGCCGCCCAAAGAAGUAGCUUCACACAACGUCGCUAUGUUAGGUACAAGAGGAGUUGGAAAAACCGCCCUUAUCAGUCAGUUUAUGACGAGCGAGUGUAUAAACGCCUACGAUAGACAGCGAGAUGUGCCGAGCGAGCAAUCCGUUUUUGUGAUGCUGAACGGCGAAGAAAGCGAGCUUAAAUUCUUAAAUAUCACUAAUCUUAAGACCGAAUUGGAAAAAAUGCCAUUGCCAGACGCCUUCGUCGUAAUGUAUUCAGUAAUCGACAAGGCGUCCUUUCAAAGGGCUGAAGAAUAUCUCGCUCGACUUCACGAUCAAGAUCUUCUUCGUGGUAGACCGGCUAUUCUGGUCGGGAACAAGGUCGAUUUGGUUCGUUCCAGAGUGGUUUCGCCCCAGGAUGGGAAAUGCUUGGCGUGCACUUAUCGCGCCAAGUUUAUCGAAGUGUCGGUGGGCAUCAAUCACAACGUUGACGAGCUUCUGGUUGGCAUACUCAACCAGAUACGUUUGAAGGUGGUCCAGGGUAACCAGGAGAACCGAAACAGCGGCGGGAGCGAAGGUAGCGCUCAUUGGUACAAGUCGAGGGGCGUCGUGCGCGCCAGCAUGAAAGCCAGGCAGAUGCUGACUUGGCUCUUCGGCAAAGAAGACAGCAAAUUCAAGAAUUGCGAGAACCUCCAUGUACUUUAAGUCGCUGCGAUAAAAAAUCGCAGUUGGGCUGCCCGACUACUGUUUUAUUAGUACGUAAGUACGACAUGACUCAAGGAACUUCUUUCCCGACGGAAACUUUAUUAGAUCUCGCGACUCGGGGGAAUUUUCGCGCGUCGGGGAAGAAUCGCGAGAAUGUAGUCUGAAUGUGCGGAACGGAUGCAUCUCUUUGACAACAAUAUGUAUGUAGGUUAAACAAUUUAGAAUCAAACGCCGAGUCUUCGCUGCUGAUAGCGUUUACGAGGGUAUCUCGUAAUCCUAUAGGAAGGGCGAAUUGGUCCGUGGACCAAAAUGGAUACAAUUAGCAUCGGGUUAACAAAGUGCCAAUUAGCGAAAAUUAACGCGCACGGUAUUUGAGAAGAAAAUGUCGCUCGAUUCCACGCUCGUUUAACUAGAAUUACCUCGUGAGAAAUGUGAGUGAUUAACCCUUUUAGUCUCAGGUGUGAAAGACCGAGCGUUGCUUUUCAGUAACUUUCUCGGCGUAAACUUCGUCCUCCUUUCGUUCGAAAGAUUAAGUAGCGCUAUUAAAUUACCAUUCAAGACCUUACUCAAGCAAUGCCGGAUAUUCAGAUCACUCGCGACAUAUUUACAGACAAUUUUACAAAAAAAAAUUAUUUCAGAUUAAAGCAAUUAAUAUUCUGACAAGUUUCCGUUGCACGUUUCUCGUUAUUUAUUUUAUUACCUCAUCUUGUCUCCCGUUAACAUUCUACGCUUGUUAACGAAGAGGCUUUAGCAAAACCGAUUCGUGCAUUUUCAGUUCUACGUAAUUAUGAGUGACGCUGAAUCUGGCGAUCUUUGAUAAUGCAAUCAACAGUUCAAAUCGAUCGUAACGACGAGGAGGGGGAUUCAAACUGGACCACGGCGAGAAACGAUCGCCAUUAAAUUUACGAUACUGUAUGAUAAAACCAAUUCAUCUUUUCAUUUAGUACAUGUAUAUACGAAGCUUACGUAUAGGCGUAUACUCGUGCAGGCAUGUUCCAUAUAAACAUGUACAACGUGUACAUCCGUAAUCCCUCCGUUGACGAGUGUCGAUUCUACCACGUGACGGCGUUGCAAACAAAAUACCGCCGCUAUUCUCGCAUCGCUAAAUUGGCUUGCAUCGCCAGUGCCAUUAAUUUCUCGCGUUCCAAUGGGCUUUCCGCAGCCCGUUAUCGUGCAUAAGGCCAACUUGAUGCAAUACGCUAAUGUUACUUGACAUUAAGUUGUACAUAAAAGUCAUGAGGUUACUUUGCUAUCUAACGUGUUUGUUACGGUUAGAAAAGAUAUAGUGUAAAGCUGCCUAUAUAUAUGUUGCUAAAAUGUUUCCUACACUAUUGAGCGAAUUCUGUGCGUCGCGCGUGCGUGCAUAAUUUUUAUCAUCCGUAUCUCACGAUGGAUAAUUACAUCGAUUGCGUAUUUUAAUUCCAGAUACGUUCAACGUUGUGCAAACGCGCGUAAGGUAACUUUUAAUUAGCGGUUUGAGGUCUGACUCCGUAAAUUCCUUAAUCGAAUAUUCGAAUUAUUUUGUAAUCCAUUAUUUUAUACCGAUAUGUGUGAUACCAAUAUUGAUAUAGGACAUACUUUGCGCGGCAUUUUGUGUGCAAUCUUCCGCCGCAAUGAAAAUGCGAUCUAUCACGUCGCGUGUUUUCCUCGCGCACGCCGUAAGGAAGUGGGUUAGCGUACGCGCCCGAAACUAUAGUCUUCUGAAGAGAGAUAUCCUUUUUGAAUCUUUAAGGAGAGUGUCUAUAAAAGCUGUCUAUUUUCUGCGAUCUCUAUGCCUGUGUAUCCGAAUUAUACGAAUGUAGCGUAAAAUCCGAGUGCAUAGAAACUCUCUGUACACCUACAUGAACGGGAACAAUGCUCGAAUGCAACUCUGCCCUACUCGUGUGAACGUUUCAUUGUCCCUAGACUAUGUACGCAAGAAAUUAACGUUUCGCAUUACGGUAGUAAAUUACGGACUUCCUUUCUCCCGUUGCGUAAAUAUACUUGGAAAAGUAUUUUGACUCUUGACGAUCCAAAUGAAAGCUCAACGAGUCUCCCCCGGCAUUCUUCGUUAUCAUCGUCGUGCAAUUAAUUCGAUCGUAGCGUCAAAUGCGACGAACAUGCUGUGUGAAUUUUCAGUUUAAGGAUUUAUCCCCCCCCCCCCCCAAGCGUUUCUCUCAGCCGAGGAACGGAAGAUUUUUACCAAGUGCCUUUGCGUAUUUUUGUAAUUUAAGCUAACUCAAUGUAAGCCCCAUGAGUAUCGCACUGUAUAAUCUAUUAUUAUACAUAUAUUACAGAUAUAUUUAUUUGUUGUUAAUUCAUCAUGUUACCCGCGAGACCGCCGCAUUGUACGCUCUCGGUGGUGUAACUUUCCUUUUGCAAAAGAUGCGUAAGAUGUGUUGUCACUCUCUAAAAUCUGUGGAGUGAAAUGUUUACUCCACUGGAGUUAAUAUUCACUCUGUUGGAGGAAAUAUUCGCGCCAAUAGGGUGAACAUUUCACUCCGCUGUAUUUUCACUCCACAAAUUUUAGAGAGCAGGCUCUUAUCGUAAAACGCCAAAUUAAUAAAUUUAACCCUUCAUUUAUAAUUACGGGAAUUGCAUUUCAAGUUACGCCACCGAUGAAUAUCCUUGCUUAUUCGUGACAUUAGCAUCUCCCGAAAGCUAUCAAUGUAACUUAGUUAUUCAACUGUCUGCUCGCUGUAAUACGUGACGUGACAAUACUGCCAGUCCGUUUUGGUUAAUAAAAUGCUGA